AUGCUGCCGCCAGACUGUUUCCCAUACUUUUCGCGCCUCGUACCCAACGAGUCGCAGAACCCCGAAGGUACAACUUGGGUCACCGAUCUGGAGCUUAUGCAUCACUAUAGCACCGUGGCUUGCUUUACGCUUCCCAGGGGUAGCCAGGUUGGGCACAUCUGGCAGACAGAGUUCGUCCGGCUGGCCUUGAAUGACGAACCGUUAAUGCACCAGAUUCUCGCCAUCGCUGCAUUCCACCUUGCCUAUUGUCACCCAAAUAACAGUCGGCAAUUCCAUAUGCUCGCUUCACAUCACCAGAGUGAAGCUGCACAGGGGCUGCGAAAGAAACUCAUGCAGCAUGUUACCCCCGAGAAUGCCCACGCCUGCUUUGCGGCCUCAUCUCUAAUGAUCAUUGGCGCAUUUGCUGCAUUCUGCCUAGAAAAUGACAGUGGCGAUCUUCCUCGGCCAUCACUCCAGGACCUUUUGGACAUUUUUGGUCUCAACCGUGGAAUGGACGUGGUGUUGCGCACCUGGGAGCAGUACAUUCACCAUGGACCUUUUGCUGACUUGUUCAAGAACUUGAACAACACAAAGCCCAUGUUCUAUCUCGAGGCCGUCUGCAAAAAGCUCAGCGACUUGGGCAGUAAGCUUCGGGGCGACGAGGUCGACGACCUGACUCCGCUCGUCGAUCGCGAGAUAUCGAAUUUCACUCAGGUCAUGGAGGAGUCCAUACGCGAUGCACCUGUGCCUGAAUUGCGCUCCGUCAUGGCGUGGCCUAUUGCAAUGAAACCAGACUUCUUUGUUGCGCUCGGCGAAAAGAAGCCUCUCGCGCUGACGAUACUUGCCUACUAUUGCUCCAUACUCCACGAGGCACAGUCGAGCGCAUGGUAUCUCCAGGGGUGGGGCAUGGCGGUCAUGAAUGAUAUCGUGUCAACAUUGCCUGCCGACAAGUUGGAGCAUAUUCUUUGGCCAAAAUCAACCAUGGGCCAAUCUGAGCAAAACGCUUUUGGUAGUGGGAUUCAGCCAGGCGGCCCCUUAUCAUUAUGA